GAGCGCCACGGCCACGCCUUCCUUGGGCGUCCCCAGGGGCGGGGACUCCAGCGGUGCCCUGGGCAGCGCCUGCCAGUGCCUCACCAUCGCUACGCACAGCCCACGUUCUGCAACAGGGCUGGCUAUCUAUCUAUCUAUCUAUCUAUCUAUCUAUCUAUCUAUCUAUCUAUCUAUCUAUCUAUCUAUCUAUCUAUCUAUCUAUCUAUCUAUCUAUCUAUCUAUCUAUCGCUACAUUAUGUUAUACAGACAUAAACACGCAUAAAUUUGUACACAUCCCGCCACAGCCAGCGCUUCACCUCUCGCGAGAUCUCGGUCAUAAUUUAUAGUUUCCUGACCUCUCGCGAGAUCUCAAAGGGUAUAUUUUAGGCCAGCGCCGCCCCCGCUGCCUUUUCGGUGUUCUCGGGAAGCGGGAGGCCUUUGGUUCCGCUCCGUGUUCCAUCCGCCUCCAUCCGCGUCUGCCUGCCUCCAUCCCCGCCAUCCGCCUCCAUCCCCGCCAUCCGCCGCCGCGAUGCCGCCCAAGUUCGACCCCAACGAGAUCAAAGUCGUUUACCUGCGCUGCACCGGCGGAGAGGUCGGAGCCACGUCCGCGCUGGCGCCCAAGAUCGGCCCGCUGGGGCUGUCCCCCAAGAAGGUGGGCGAUGACAUCGCCAAGGCCACGGGCGACUGGAAGGGGCUGCGGAUCACGGUGAAGCUGACGAUCCAGAACAGGCAAGCGCAGAUAGAGGUUGUUCCUUCUGCCUCGGCUCUGAUUAUCAAAGCUCUGAAGGAGCCACCUCGUGACAGGAAGAAGCAGAAGAACAUUAAGCACAGUGGCAGCGUCACCUUCGACGAGAUCGUGAACAUCGCGCGGCAGAUGCGGCACCGCUCGCUGGCCCGGGAGCUCUCGGGGACCAUCAAGGAGAUCCUUGGCACUGCCCAGUCUGUGGGCUGCAGCAUUGAUGGGAGACACCCCCACGACAUCAUCGAUGACAUCAACAGUGGUGCCAUUGAGUGCCCAGCUAGUUAAGACUGCAGAAAAAGAAGUUGCCAGAUGGAGGCUCCUUCAGUUUUUUGUAGCACUUUAAAUAACUAAAUAAAGACCCAGUUGUCUGCAA